AGCCCUGCAACGCCCCGAGCGACUUGUCCUUUCCGCACAUCCAGAAGACCUGAGCCAUGGCGUUCAGGAAGGUCCUGAAAAGAACGGCCAUCAUCGGCGGCGGGGCGGUCGCCACUGUUUUUGGCCUCUCCCAGCUCAUAGAGUACAGGAAGACACAGGUAUGUCACUCAUUCAUGUGUGCGUCUGUUCUUGCAUGAUGGUGUUUGGCACACAAAAUGGCAUGAUUUCAGUGGCAUGAGGACUUUUCAUGAAGUGUCUUCCGACUGUAAGGUUUUUGUCAGGGCAUGUUGAAUCUAGAUUUUGGAAUGUGCCUCUUCCAGGUGAUCGCUGAAAGGGCUGCGAAGAAGUUUUUGAAAGAUUGUGCAUUUAUCUUGUGUUGAAUCUUAUCAGCUUCUUACCGGACUGAGACUCUUGUCUCUCCUUCUUCCUUGAAAUGUAGGACAAAUAUUUUGGAAACAAAAGCAGUGCAAUUACGGACAGCCUGUUCUGUAACAGCUUUUGAAGGUGUGGCUCAACAGGUUCUAGUAGGUGUUUGGCCACAGGUGUUAAAGUAAACUGUGAUUGCUCCUUAAUAAUAUUGUUCUUUAAAUACAGCAGCGAUACAUUAAUUCAGUUGUAACAUUAGAAUACUUUUUCAUUCAGUGUGUAAAUAUAUUCUUGCUCUAUAACGGAACAUUUUCUUGCUUUCAAUAGUAUUCAUCUUUAAAUACUUUACUGAUUUAUGUAGUCAUUAUCUGCAAAUAUGUAGCCAUAAUAAUGUAGAGGUAAUCAUGCCCUUAUAUUUUUUGUUAAACAAAGCUGCUUUAACUUCUUAACAUUAGAGGAGAAUAUGUGGUUAUUGAGCAAACAAAAUGAUGGUUUCUUGGAACUGGGGGGUGUUUAUGUCUCACUUCACCAAUGGCUGCUUUUUAUACAUUCAUUCUGUUGUGAGACUGUUGCCCUUCACUGUAGAACAAAAAAGGUGGAAGCAAAUUCUCUUCAAACAGGAGCAUCCCUGCAUGCUGUAUUUACAGUGGAGGGAAAAGGUUUUGGGGCUUCGCCCAUGCAUUCCACUGUGUGAUAAGGGCUGCGCGACUAAUUAUUUAUUUUAUUUAAUUAUUUGUAUUAUUAUUUGAUGUGAUGGUUUACCCUUAUGUUGAUAACUGACUUUUACUUGUGAACAAUAAACCAUUUGUUUGUGUCUACAUUAUGCAGCCACACCUUUUAAAACACACUGAAAAAAAUCACGAUAAUAUUUGAGAUUGUGUUCAAUUAUUAUGGGUGUCUGAAAGCCUUUUAUUUGUGCCACAGUAUGUCAUCAUUUGAGUCAAAAUGCUGGGGUGUUUUCUCAUCCACUCAUGGUUUUGAAUGACACUUUUACCCCUUGAAGAAACAAGAAUGGCAGUGGGCUAUAUUUAAGAUACCCAGGCAGCUGUGUUCCCUGACCUCUGACCUUCAGCAGAUUUAUAUUUGGCACACCACAAAGCUGCACACCAGUCUUCAUCUGACUGUAUAACCUAAUAUGAACUUUGUUUUCUGUCCUGUUGCGAUAAUGUCUUCUCUUUCCCACCGUCGCCCUGCAAACCCAGCCUGGAUUGGCGCGCCUGGCUCACGUCGCCGCGGAGGCAGAGCUGAAGGUUCCUUUCGCCAAUGAGUUCCCCUCCCGACAAUCCCAGCUCGCUGCGCUCAGAGACACUGAGGAGUUUGACGUUCUGGUUAUCGGAGGAGGGGCCACAGGUGCAGGAUGUGCCUUAGACGCUGUCACACGCAACCUCAAGACUGCUCUUGUGGAACGGAGCGACUUUUCCUCAGGGACAAGCAGCCGUAGCACCAAACUCAUCCACGGCGGAGUCCGAUACCUCCAGAAGGCCAUCAUGAAAUUAGACUAUGAACAGUACAUGAUGGUGAAAGAGGCCCUGCAUGAGCGAGCUAACCUGCUGGAGAUUGCGCCACACGUGUCAUCAGCACUACCCAUCAUGCUUCCUGUAUACAAAUGGUGGCAGUUGCCUUAUUACUGGGCUGGAAUCAAGAUGUAUGACCUGGUGGCAGGAACCCAGUGCCUGAAGCCGAGCUACGUCCUCAGCAAGACAAAAGCCUUGGAGCUCUUCCCCAUGCUUAAAAAGGACAAGCUGGUGGGAGCCAUCGUCUACUACGACGGGCAACACAACGAUGCCCGCAUGAAUCUCGCCAUUGCACUCAGUGCCGCUCGCUAUGGUGCUGCUGUUGCCAACUACACCGAGGUGAUCCAUCUCUUGAAAACAAAAGAUCCGCAGACUGCGAAGGAGACGGUGAGGGGUGCUCGCUGUAGGGACGUGAUCACAGGUCAGGAAUUUGACGUGAGGGCCAAAUGUGUGAUCAACGCCACCGGGCCGUUCACAGACUCGCUGAGGAAGAUGGACAACCAGGAGACAAGCAAGAUCUGCCAACCCAGUGCUGGGGUCCAUAUUGUAAUCCCUGGUUACUACAGCCCUGACAACAUGGGUCUGCUAGAUCCGGCCACCAGUGAUGGCCGUGUCAUCUUCUUCCUGCCCUGGGAGAAGAUGACCAUCGCCGGCACAACUGACAGCCCGACGAAUGUAACCGCCCACCCUAUCCCUGGAGAGGAAGACAUAAACUUCAUCCUGAAUGAGGUCCGAAACUACCUCAGCCCGGAUGUAGAAGUGCGCAGAGGUGACGUUUUGGCAGCCUGGAGCGGCAUUCGUCCACUGGUGACAGACCCCAACUCCAAAGACACUCAAUCCAUCUGCAGGAACCACAUCGUCAGCAUCAGUGACAGUGGAUUGGUCACUAUUGCCGGUGGGAAGUGGACCACCUAUCGAUCGAUGGCUGAAGAGACCCUGGAUGCAGCCGUCAAGGCACACGGCCUGAAAGCGGAGCCCUGCAAGACUGUGGGUCUGAUGUUGGAGGGGGCUAAAGGCUGGAACCAGACGCUGUACAUUCGUCUGGUCCAGGACUACGGCCUGGAAAACGAGGUUGCGCAGCAUCUUGCUUCCACGUAUGGCUCAAAGGCCUAUGAUGUUGCGAAGAUGGCCCAGGUCACCGGCCAGAGGUGGCCCAUUGUUGGCAAAAGACUCGUGUCUGAGUUUCCUUACAUCGAGGCUGAGGUUCUGUACGCCAUCAAGGAGUACGCUUGCACUGCCCUCGACAUCAUUGCUCGGCGAACACGUUUGGGAUUUUUGAACGUGCAGGCUGCAGAUGAAGCUCUUCCACGCAUCAUCGAGCUCAUGGCCAAAGAGCUGAACUGGAGCCAAGAGCGGAAAACGAUGGAGCUUGAGGCAGCAAAGAAGUUUUUAUACCAUGAGAUGGGCUACAGGUCUCGUUCUGAACAGCUGACCAAGACAACUGAGAUCAACCUGGACAACCAGGAAGUAGCCAGGUAUAAGAAACGUUUCCACAAGUUUGACAAGGACAGGAAAGGCUUCAUUACAACUGUCGACGUCCAGCAAGUUUUGGAAAGCAUCAAUGUCCAUAUUGAUGAAAACUCUCUCCACGAGAUCCUGAAUGAGGUGGACCUCAACAAGAACGGCCAAGUAGAAAUUGAUGAAUUCCUGCAGCUGAUGAGUGCAGUGAAGAAGGGUCAAGUGUCUGACAGCCGUCUGGCCAUCCUGAUGAAAUCAGCGGAGGAGACACUGGAGAACCGAGGGCCCGUGACAGUGGAUCGCAGUGGGGGCGGAGUCUGAGCCCCUCACCCCUCACGGUGGAAUUCACAGACGAUUGAAUGCUGAUGACCAACCAACAACUGGGUUUCGUGCAGACGAUUCUAUUUGAAUGACAAUAUCUCAAUCAGAGUCAUAGUGGAAAUUAGCCUCAACAAGGCUGGCAUUUCUGAGUGCGAUCAGAGCUCAGCUGGUUCUGUCGUCUGUCCUCUGUACUGUUUAAACAUCCAGUGCCUCAGAUCAUCACACACCAUCAGGUUUUCUACCUAAACUUUGAUAUGUGGUUUUAGCAACACUCCUUUUGUAACUUUUCUAACUGUCGCUACUUCACUUGAGUGCAGCUCUGCCUGAUGGAAGUUAGUUAUCCAGUCUGUGACUUCACAAACAUGUUGGUAACUAAUUCAAACCAAGCAGAGAGAAGAGACGUUUGACCUGAGCAGACUCCAUGCUCCCUGUCCUGUCUUAACAGUUCACCUGCACACCCAAGUUCGUUCUCUCAAGAGGGCAGAAACUCUGAAGAAUGUUGAGUGCCACCUGGGGGCCACCAGGUCUUCUGUAGUUAUUUGAAAACAAAGGAGGCAUCGUCACCUCUUGAUAUCUUAUAAUAAGUUUGAUUAUUUUAUUUUUUCUUCUAUAAAGAAAUUCAAUUGUUUCAUUUUAAUUCCUAUUAUUAACUAAAAAUUGAAUUAAAUCAACUCUUGUAGCCUGACAGGUACAGGCUGUGUUCCCCUGCAGUGAAGUCACAGACUCAGGAAAAAGAAGUCAGGAAACACGGUUUUUCUGAUCUCCAUGUUGCCUUUUAGCUGGAAGGCCUUCCACUCUACAACGGCUUCUUCAUUUAUUCCAUAACCAGCAAACUGCUACUGAAGUUUACAGCUUUCCACUGCUCCUGUCUGAUAUUCUUUUAAGAUGUAUUUAUUCACAGUCACUUUUAACGCUUUUGUAAAAUGGGAUUAUAGAAAAAGGGAUAUAUAUAUAUAUAUAUAUAUAUAUAUAUAUAUAUAUAUAUAUAUAUAUAUAUAUAUAUGCCACGUCUGCCUACAGAGUGGGUCGUCUGUGAAUGUAUAACCCUGCAUGUGUGUUUGCCGAUGAUGUAUUGCUUUGAGCGGCAAGUUGAAUAUAGCCUCUUAUUUAGGGAAUGAAAUGCUGAAAGUGUGCAGUGGAGCUCCGUCAUUUGUGCCUUCAUGUGCCAAAGAAAUGACAACGCUAUCUGACAUGAAGCAGGUGUGAAUGCCGUGUGCUGUAGUGCACCACCAUGGGUUUUGUGGGACCCAAACAGUUUUAACACAACCUCAACCUCCAGCACAAUUGAGCAAUACAAACCUUUUUACAUGCUUUAAGACUGUUCAAAGAUUUCCACUGACAUCCCUGUAAGUCACCAAAUGAUCUGAACCGCUUCUAUAAACACAUAAAAAUGUCAUAUUGAGUUUUGCAAAAAAUCAAUAUUGACACCAGCGGUAAACUAAAAUCAUGUGACAACAUUGUCUCUGCAAAAGCUUGGUUCUUAGCUACACACUGGUUUUUGGGAGUGUGACGUGGUCUCAGUUGCAGUUCACCCCCGGGACAUCAGUUUCCUCCCACCUCCCACAUGUUUUAAUGAGACGUUUUAGCAUCUUCCUCAGAAAUGAAGGGCUUGUAAAAAGUCAAUAUCCAUGUCGUGCAGUCAAUGUGUGUGUACUGUGAUUGACAGAUGGUUGCUCUGUCAACAUGGCCGCCUGGUUGCCCUGGCUUCACGGCAUUACAGGACAGUUCUUUACAUCGUUGUUGCCUUUCGUCUCUUCUGCUCCUCUUAACUCUCACCAAAGUGUGCGUGUCCAUGUGUCGUCACUCAGGAUUUCGGGACCCGUCAAACCGCCAACGACGCCUGUCCAACGUUGCUCAUGGGCAGUGCGUCUUCUACUCUUCCUCCUGAUGUUUGAUUGUUUGCUUUGGAUGAAAUUACAGCUUCAUCUGGACUGAAAAGAGAAUCAUAUUCCGUGUUCUUUUUUCACAUCCACAAAUACUGUAAGGAAACAAAGUCAUUAUCUAAUUAAAUGUAUCUGGU